UUUUUCCCACCCUCGCCGGAGCUCUCUCUAUUGGGUGGAUGGCUUUCCACCACUAUCCUGAUAAGAUGAAGCAAUCAGCAACGUGGAAGCAUACUACCCACCCACGUCUCCACCACGGCAAUCUCACCGUCUUCCCAACCCAUCCCUUCGGUAACGUGGACGCAUACAGUCCGCGCGUACACAAGUCUUCUCUCUCCUCCUUCCCCAAGCCAAUGAUAAUAACCCCUUCUGAGCUCCCACCGUAGCUCGUACCUUCGCCUCUAUAACGCCACCUCCGACGAGCGUACUGAUGGCCUCGCCGACCCACUUCAUCCUCCCGGUUCUCCUCCUCGCCGCUCAUCUUCUAGGGUCCCGAGCCGUUCCUCCGACGUGCGAGCGCAUCGAGUGCCCGAGCUACGACGUGGUCGACAAAGGCAACGGUUUCGAGAUUCGCCUGUACAACUCCACCCAGUGGAUGUCGACCUCUUCCAUAGACGACAUCUCCUUCGUCAACGCCACCCGGACGGGCUUCCUCCGAUUAUUUGAUUACAUCCAAGGGAAGAACAAAUACGGAGAAAAGAUAGAGAUGACUGCACCGGUGAUCACCCAAGUCGCACCCAGCGACGGUCCCUUCUGUGCCUCCUCCUUCGUCGUCAGCUUCUACGUGCCUAAGAAGAACCAGCCAAAUCCACCGCCUGCCGACGGACUCCAGCUUCAGACAUGGGGGCUCAAAUACGCAGCCGUGAGGCAGUUCGGAGGCUUCAUCUCGGAUGGCGACAGCGUCGGUGAGGAAGCGGCGGCCUUGUACUCCAGCCUUCAGGGCUCCAUUUGGUUCUCUGCGGUCAGCAAAGGACAGACGGCAGAUCCCACCUCUGCUUAUACUGUUGCGCAGUACAAUUCUCCGUUCGAGUUCUCCGGUAGAGUCAAUGAGAUCUGGAUGAUGUUUGCGAUGGACAGUCACAGAAUUUAGAUCGAGGCGAGUCAUGUUUCAGAACAUGUAUAUGUCGGUGUGUAAUGUAUUAUGAUAUAUCGGUAUCGAUCGUAAAUGCAUGCCGACAGAAUCA